AUAGUUCAUCAUCCUACAUUCACGGACGCGGCGAGGGGAAUUUGCCGUCAAGCCAAGUCGAUUGAGCGGCAGCGGCGGCAGUCGUGUAGGUUGAGUGGCGCGAGACGGACGUGUGUGUACCUUUCGCUCGCUCCGCCCUUCAAAUCCUCAACACAUCCAAGCAACCUUGCUUGCAGUCAGUUCACGUGUCCAGUGUUGGCCCCAGUGCCGCUCCAGCUGCAUCAUGGCUUACCAGGAUCACUUCGACAGGCUCUACCGCGUCGGCCCCUGCCUCGGCAAGGGUGGUUUCGGCGUCGUCUACGCCGGCAUUCGCAACAGAGACGGCCUGCCCGUCGCGAUCAAGCACAUCGCCAAACAGAAAAUCUCAGACAUGGUCUUGAUGGGACACCAGCGUGUACCCAUGGAGGUGUGUCUGCUGUCCAAGGUGUCGCACAUCCCGGGCGUGAUCCGUCUGCUCGACUACUUUGAGCGCCCGGACAGCGUCAUCAUUGUGAUGGAGCGCCCCGAAAGCGUCAAGGACCUGUUCGACUACAUCACCGAGAAGGUCAUCCUGAACGAGUACCUUGCGCGUGACUUCUUCCGCCAGAUUAUCCACAUGAUCAUCCAGUGUCACAAGGCUGGCGUCAUCCAUCGCGACAUCAAGGACGAGAACAUUUUGGUCGACCUCAAGACCAACACGCUCAAGCUGAUCGAUUUCGGAUCAGGCGCCGUUCUCAGAGACACCGUCUAUACCGAUUUUGAUGGUACGAGGGUGUACGCACCCCCCGAGUGGAUCCGCGCCGGAAAGUACUACGGCCGCAGCGCCACCGUCUGGUCCCUGGGCAUCCUGCUGUACGCCAUGGUGUGCGGCGACGUGCCCUUCGAGCUGGACGAGGAGAUCCUCAGGGCGCACAUCACCUUCAAGACGCGGCUCACGGAGAGCACCAAGACGAGACUGAGCGCCGAGUGCCAGGACCUGAUCCGGCAAUGCCUCAAAAUCCGCCCUUCGGAUCGGCCCAAGCUCGAGGAGCUGCUCAUGCACCCGUGGUUCGCGUGUUAUUUACCCCAGCAAGCCGAAGACCAGCAACUACCCGAAGCGACGGCGACCAAGACGGCGCCCGAGGAGGUCAAGUACGGACCUCUGCCGCCGCUCAGCGUCGCCCUCGGACUCCAGGCCAGGCCUUGACCUCACGGAGUUUAGACACGGACAAUUGUUUUGCGUUUUUCGUUCUGCGUUCUGCGCGUUUACGGCUGUGCUAGUUUUGUAAUAUACCAGAGAGACAAGUCGAGAGAAGAUGUGAAGUUGAGAGUCGGGUGACCCCGCGGCGCCCUGGUGAACUUUCUUUCUUUCCAUGCAUCCACCGCCUCCUUCGCUUCUCUCGUCGUUUGUUUGAUUUUAAGACUGUGAUCGACCGGCAGGGCUGCAACUUCCGGCCCUCGGCGUUCGGCGACGGCCCUUUGUGUCUGUGGAGCGAGAGGGCCGUCGCCGCCCUUUAAUUUAUUAUUGUGUGACGAUGAAGAAAAGAUGAUUUAUUUAUGUGCAUACGAAGCUGAUGCCAUAUUGACUGACAAUUUUUGCGCUAGGCAAAAUGUGUUCUCUGAGUUCCUUCCUCUUAAUUUAUUUGAGAAAAAAUGGUAUACAUUGAAAAAAUUCACACAUACAUACACUCUAUAAUUGAUUACAUACGAAGUGCGCAAUAACUCACUUACAUGCAUACACGUAACGUAAUUAUAUAACAUCGUACAUUUUUAUAUUAAAAGCAAAAAAUCGUACUGUCUUUUCGUUUCUCGUCCUUGUAUUUAAAUAAUAUAACACGAAGCGGCGGGUCGGCGCACCUGAGUGCAGGUGCAAGCGACCGACCCGCCUUCGCGCAUACUAUCACUCAUUACUUCACAUCAAGAGUAUUUAAUUUAUGUGUACAUUGUGGAUAAUAUAGUGCGAUUUGGUGUAAAUUAUUCUAAUAAUGUAAGACAGGUGCGAGCACAUCAAGAUUUGACUGUAUUUUUUAUACAAAAAAAAUCGUGUUAAUAAUGUACUGUGACGGAGAGAGAAGAAAAUCAAUUCUGCUGUAGAUCCCGCGCCACGUGUGUGCGGGUGUCUCUUAAAUGAUACCAAUAAAUGUCAACAACAUUUAUGCAAAAAGUA